GGCCGGAGUCGCGAGGUGGAGCCGUAGAUCGCGUCCGUGUACGAGCCGACCGCGUUGACAUCUAGGAAGUUUAUUGCAAGAUGUCGGGGGAUGUUUUGUGCGACGAGCCGCUGGUAUGCUCGCGGACGAAAUGACUUGCUUGUCGUGGCGUUUAUCUGCUAAAUUCCGGCCUAAAUUUAAAUCCUAAAGUGUUAUAAAAAUCAUCACAUCCGCCGGGGUGGUGUCCGUACCCCAAGCCUCUCUGUACGUUCGUUUGUCCCUGCCGACGCCGACGCUCAAGCGGAAGGAACGAGGAUACGAAAGCGAGAAUCGUUGCCAGUGUGUGUGUGUGUUGUGUGCGCGCGUGUGUGUACCACUGCCAGAACCCAAAGGUACUCCGGAAAUUCGAAUCCCGCUCUUUUUCUUAUAUAAAACUGAGCAAACGAGCGAUCGUUUAAUUAUUCACUCGAGAAAAUACAGAGCGAGAAGGAGUAAGCAAGAGAGAGAGAGAGAGAGAAAGAAAGAAAGAGAGAGAGAAAGAGAGAAGGACAAAGAGAUAAAGAGGGAGAGAGAAGGAGAAAGAAAGAUUGUGUGAAGGAACAACACGUGCUGACAACCUUAAAUCUUAGCUGGGAUGGGAGCCAAGGCAAGCACUGUGGCACAAUCAGCUGGUGGAAAUGGUCAGUCCUCCACCGGGGCCAAUGAGACCACUAUGCAAGGUUUUUCCGUAUUGCGUUCCUUGCCCGGCGGAGUGGGCAUGCUGCAACAUCAGCACCAACAGGGCAAUCAGUCCCAGAACUCCCGUGUAUCCGGAGACAGUAGACAGCGUGCACGCUCGUUGAGUUCCGUGCCGGAUCUAUCUUCUGCCGAGCAGGCCGGUCUCUCCACAUCCGUGGGAGUAGGGGUUGGCCAAGCUCUUGGCUUGCCCCAGCUAGAUUCCGACGACACGGACGAUGAGAACGGACGCGUUUAUGCCACUCACAGCUUGCCUUCGCACAUUUGGUCUCUUAACGGUCUAAAGUGUCCUGUAUGCUCCAAGUUUAUUCUACCGGAUGAUAUAGAAUGUCACCUGGUCAUGUGCCUGACCAAGCCGCGACUCAGUUACAAUGAGGAUGUGCUAACUGAUGGAAAGGGAGAAUGUGUCAUCUGCCUUGAGGAGUUACAAUGUGGUGAUCUUAUAGCUCGCUUGCCCUGUCUCUGUAUAUAUCAUAAAAACUGCAUUGAUAAGUGGUUUCAAGUAAAUCGUAGCUGCCCUGAACAUCCUGGAGAUUGAUUCCUACCUGCUGAACUUGAUCAAGCACAGUGUAACAAGUUGCUAGCCCAGAGAACAUUUAUGUCGAUGGGAUUCAAAUGGCAAGAAAUGAUAGAAAUUUAAAAAAAAAAAAGAAAAAAAAAAAAAGAAAAAGCUAGUCAAGGUGGCUGCUAGUCUGCAAUGAUGAUUGGUGCGUGCGGUGAUUUUUGUUCGACUGAUUGAAAAGACUCACUCAUCGGACACACACGGAGAAACAAAUGUUUUAUUCAAUCUUCAAGUCUACUACUAUUAUAAGCAGGGGACUUAAAUGACAAACAAAUCGCCAUAGGAUCAACGAUACAAUGCUACAUAUUAUUAUCUAUACGUAUAUAUAAUUAAUCUAUUAUUGCUCUACCGCUUAUAUAUACUAUCAUUGUACCAUAUUUAUAAAUUUUACUUAGUUUUACACAUCUUGAACUCAAUUUAGUGCUUAAGCAGGACGAUAUUUGUAUGGAUCAUUUUGUUUUUCUUCUUUUAAUCUUUACAUGGUUUUAUUCCUUUUUUUUGUUCUUGGAAAAGGGGAGACUGGAUGAAUCUUAGUCAAGAAGACCUGUGUAGAAACAGGUGAGCUCUAAUUUUUAUAGAUAAAUUAGUUAUACCUUUUAUUGAUUUUAGUAUCAAGUUGAUGUAUUGUAAGUUUCGUUGUCUGUUGGGGGAUGAGUGCUAGAAAGGAUAUUUUUGAUACUUUCAUAAACGGGAGAUCCGGGAUGCGUGUGUGUACAAGGCUCUCAGACAACAUGGAGACGACAACGUAAAUACUGUUGAUGCUAUAGUUACAAUAAAGGUUCUGAUUUAACCUUCCUUACUAAGAGAGAUUCAUGCUAAUGUGAUAAGCUCUUUUUGUUAAUUAAUUAGAGAGAAUUGACACGCUCCGUGUUACUGGCAUGUACAGAUUUAUGGUUAUGAAGGGGAUUACAUCUAUUUGUAUAAUUACUCUCUUUGUGUAUAUAUCUUUGUGAAUAAGGAUUGACGUGACUCGGCGGGAGUAGUUUUUGUAAUACAAACAAUCAAAGUCUACAAUUGUUUCAGUAACAUACGCAAAUCGAACACGUUUCUCGUUCGAACUUAUAUUGCGUGAGGAUUGAAAAUAGUAAAAACUAAGAUAAAGCAAUGGAAAUGCGAGAACA